UUCGUUUGACGAGUGUACGUAACCAGUAAAAAUGUCAAGUGCACAUUUGUUCAACAAAUGCAUUGUUAAAUCAUUGUAUUUGCAAAAUGCUCACUAGUUAUUGGUAAACAAACGUCAUGUUAUGAUUGUCAAAAGAAAAAAAAUAAGAACAGUAUUUCAGCAACUCUUCGUCUCAUACACGUAUUUAGUUGAAAUAAAAAAACGUGUAACGUUCAUUUCAUCACGCAUCCCAAUAAAAUUGAUUUUCAUACUUUGCUCACUUCGUUUGACACGAUUUAUUUGUAUCAUUGAUCAGGAACUAUUGACGGCCUACAACUUUUGUGGUACAACCGGUACAACACGCAAGGGAAAAAUAAACUUUUGAAUUAUCCAAUAAUAAUGGCUUGCCAAAUCGAUAAUAAACCUAGUUUUCUGCACAAAUAUAUUUUUUCAUCGGAUUGUUAAUCCUGGAUAAUGGUUAUUAGCAUUCGGUGUCUAUUUAAUUCUGUCGCAGGUGACACGUGUGACGUUGUGUAUCGUUAGUUUUUUGUAGUGAUCCGUGUAUAGUUCCGUCAAAACGUUGUGACAGGUAGUUUUAGAUAGUUUCCUGGAAUAAGUUGACCCUUGGCAUGAGUGACAAGAGAAGUAUGACCUUAACUGAUUGCCUAGUUUUGUUUGAUGCCAGUUAAGAAUACAUAUAUACAAACACGAAAAGGGAGUUAAAUGUCGCCAGAGUCGGAAGCACUGUUGUUGGACUGCGACACUGACGAAAGGAGUGGUUCACAUCACCAGAGGAGGAGCAGGUCGCCUAAUGGAACUUACCAUCGACACCGGCACAAAUUGCUGUUCGGAGCUCUCGUCCUCCUCUCCGUCAUUACUUAUCUGGUCUCCAUCAACGUGUUUCAACUGCCACCAUUCGGGGAAAUUAUGGUAGUUGUGCCACAGAAUCCGUUUACCACGGAACAGAGUCAAGCCGUUGAUCAAAGUACAAUUGAAUCACCCAGCAGUACUGAAACUUCUCCCCCUGACACGUCCAUUGUCUCACCGGACGAAAUUCCAGAAUCGUCGCCCACAACGCCAGACAACUAUGAAUCGAGUACUAGUCAACCCGUUCAGCAUAGCACGGAAGGAAAUGCAAUAUCUACAACACUUGAAAAAACUGAGUCGAACCAAAUUACGACGCCCACACAGAUAACAUCGCCAGCGCCAACCAACGCUCCUACACCCGAGGAAUCCAAAGAGGUUGCGACAACCCCUGAGCCAAGUGACGAUGAAACCGACAUGGGCGAAUUGGCUGAGACAGAGUCCACUGAGGAAGAGUCAUAUUCAUCAGACUUUCUGACGAGAGGGAGCAACGUUACUCAUCCAGCUUGUAAAAUCCCCAAACUGGACCCCUUCCAUUCGUCCAUACGAAACAUAAGUAGCGAAAAAUAUUCCCCAGCGAAAUGUAGAAAGAAAUUUAGUUUGAUGUUCGAGAUUCACAUCGGGAACGAGUCGUCAACACUGACUCAACUAAAAUCUUCUGAAAAGACGGGUUGGAAAGAUUGUUGUUACAAAUUAGUAUUCAGGGAUCCGAAAAAGUCGGACGACGAUAGUGAAAUCUUUUCCAAGAAGUGUUACCCCAUCAGAAAGAAGAGACUCGUAAUUCCACCCACGCACGAGUUUAUUACCAUCUUCUGCAAUUCGACAACAAAUUCGAGCAUUAGAGAGACCAUGGUGGAUGCAUUUGCACUGGCCCCGUUAAAACCACUGGUCGAGGAGCGAUUAGAAAAAGUAUUGAAUUUUUCCAACGUUCAUAACACGUCGAAAGUUGUGGCGACAGAACAAAUCAAUUUAGUGGUGUUGGGUUUGGAUGCAGUUUCUCAUAUGAAUUUCCAAAGAAUUAUGCCCAAAGUGCAUAAGUACUUGAUUGAACAGUUGUCAGCUUAUUGGCUGGACGGAUAUACUAAAAUUGGAGAUAAUACGUAUCCAAAUUUGUUGGCAAUGUUGACUGCGCAAACUGUGAACGAAACCGAAGCGUCAUGCUCGAAGGAGAAAUAUUAUGAUGACUGCCCCUUCAUUUGGAAACUGUUUGCAAAACAGGGUUACCGAACAGCUUACGGGGAGGAUUCUACGUGGAUGGGAAUCUUUGCCUAUCUCAAAAAUGGUUUCAAACAAGCUCCGACGGACUACUACCUCCGACCAAUUAGCAGAAUGGCUGAAAAGCAUAUUAAGGCCGAUAAGCGUGGAAACCCGCACAUUUGCUACGGGCCGAGACUCUCGUUCGAGUUUCUGUUGAAUCACAUGAAAUCUCUGGCUUCCACGAUGGGCCAGAAGAAGAGGUAUUUCCAACUCAUCUGGGCCACCUCUCUAACUCACGACUACGUAAAUCUUGGUCGGAUGGGAGAAAAGCCCUUGCUCAAUUUUAUUCAGUGGAUGGAGAAAGAAGGUCACUUGAACAACACGGCCUUCCUACUGACGAGUGACCACGGGAUUCGUUGGGGUCCGAUGAGGUCCACUGCUCAGGGCAAAGUGGAGGAAAACAUGCCGCUCUUCUACAUUCUCCUCCCAGAAUGGUUCCGACGCAAAUACGCGUCAGCGGUGACGAAUCUGCUCGACAACAGGGCUCGACUGACGACGCCGUUCGAUGUCCACGAGACUUUUCUGGAUCUCUUGGACUUGAGCAGCAUUGGGGAUGAUAAUCUCAAGAAACGGACCAAGGAGUUGGCUGCUCUGGAUGCGGCCAAGAAACUCAGCCGUGGAAUUAGUCUGUUUCUCCCAAUACCGGAGAGCAGGACAUGCAAAGUAGCAGAAAUUGCAGAACACUGGUGCGUUUGUCAUAGCACCAAAGUUGUUCAAGUUUCGGAUGGGGAGGUUCAGCAGGCAGCAAACUACGUUGUGUUUGCUCUCAACUCAUUUGUGUCCAAAUAUCCAAAGUGUGCCUAUCUUGCCCUCCACUCGGUGCAAUAUGCCUUGCUCGUAAUCCCUGCAAGCGUUGCGAAAAAGUCGUCUCAUCAAAAGACGUUUGAAUUGUCGUUCAGGACGGCGCCAGGGAACGCGACUUUCGAUGCCACCGUUGUUCGUAAUAAGAAAAAUCAGUGGAGCGUGUCCGGCGUAAUCAGUCGGACCAACCUGUACGGCAAUCAGAGUUUUUGCGUGGACAGCACGGACAUGAAAAAGUAUUGUUACUGCCUCACAUAAAGGGCUUUCUCCCAUAUUUUGCGUGAUUUCUGUGAUAUUAUUAAAGACUCGGUUAAAGCCUGGGCAAUUACAUAUUAAACUAUUACUCAUUCAUAUCACUAAAUGUAUGUACGUAAGUGAAUGUAAGGUUGCUGCCAGGGCUUCUGCUUGAAUUACUUCUAGAAUUCAUUAUAUGCAUUGCAUACGUAUGAGCGACAAUAUACAAUACUAUUUAAAAUAAAAG